AUGAUGGAGCUUCACGAUGAAGAACUUUGCUUCCCACAACUCAACACCUCCUGCAGAAAGCCAGCAGUUCCAUGGUUCAGCGCCGUAGUUCUGCAGUUUCUGGUCUCCUUCAACUGUGUGGUUACUGUUGCUCUAAAUCUGCUUGUUAUCAUUUCAGUCUCCCAUUUCAGGCAGCUUCACAAAACCACCAACUUCCUGCUUCUGUCUCUGGCCGUAUCAGAUUUCAUGGUGGGCCUUGUGUUCUUUCCAGGUGCAGCAUCCAGAUUAAUCUAUUGCUGGUUCCUCGGUGAAAUCAUGUGUCUAUUUUACACGUACAUCGUCAGUCUGAUAGUCUGUGCCUCAAUCUAUAAUGUCGUACUGAUAUCUGUUGACCGCUACGUGGCUAUAUGUUACCCUCUGCAUUAUCACAGGAGAGUCACUGUGACAAGGAUACGACUGUGUAUCAGUGUGUGCUGGCUUUCUUCAGCUUUGUACAGUAUUACAUUUGUGAAGGAUGGUGUGAGUGGAAAGAACAUUCCAUGCCAAGGAACAUGUGUGGUUCUUGACUAUGACGCUUUUGUUAUCGAUCUUAUUUUGACCUUUACGGUUCCCGUUACGGUCAUCAUAGUUCUCUACAGCAGAGUGUUCGUAGUGGCCGUUUUUCAGGCCCGAGCCAUCCGCUCCUCUGUUACAGCCGUGUCUCUGCAGCGUUCAGCAAAAGUCCAAAGAUCUGAGCUGAAAGCAGCCAGGACUCUCGGCAUUUUAGUCGUCGUGUUUCUAAUAUGUUUCUGUCCGUUUUACUGUGGUGCUCUAGGAGGCGACGUAUCGUUUAACACGUCUGCUGCCGUGCUGUGUCUUUUCUGCAUUAACUCUUCCCUGAACCCUUUAAUCUACACCAUAUUUUAUCCCUGGUUUAGAAAAACCAUUAAGCACAUUGUGACUCUGAAGAUAUUCCAGCCUGGCUCCAGUAAGGCUAACAUACUGUAG